AUGUCAUCCUCCUCAUACUGCCUGACGGAAAUACAACGUCGUAUAGAUGAAGUUAAGCAGUUUCUAUCUAUAACUCUGAACAUCGCUAAUGCUCACACUGUGGAGUUUUACACUCAGGACGCGUGGAACCGAUUCACGGCCGUGCCACCUCAGGAGGUCCUGUCAACAUUUAGCUCCUGUAAUGACGGCAGUGACCAGCAGAGGGAGCCACAACACAGAGCAAAGGAUCAAUCCAAGACCACAUUCGGGUUCUGCAAUGAAACAGACCGGCUGGUGGAUGCUUGUGAACUGUUGCGGGCCGCCAGAGCUCACUCCCUCCCUGGCCUUGGAGUGUGUAUGAGCAGGGACGAGCUGCUGCAGGCCCUCAGAGAGAGCAGGGCUGAGUCCAGAGCUCCAGCAGCAGCCAUGGGUGCUGAGAUGGAGACAGAUGAGUUUAUGAAUUCCAAGAAAUCUCAUGAGGUCCAAUCCAUGUCUGAGGUGGUGGCCUGUCUGGCCCAGCACUGUGGAGUGAAACAGGUGAUAGAUGUAGGCUCAGGGAAAGGCUACCUGAGCUCCUUCCUCUCCCUGCAGUACGGCCUCCAAGUCUACGGCAUCGACUCCUCCAGCUCCAACACCCACGGAGCCCAGGAGAGGAACAGGAAGCUGAAGAAGUUCUCCAGGGCGUACCAGAAACACAACAAGGCAGCGAGGGCACAAGGAAAGGCUGCACAUUCACCUCAGGAGGUGUCAGAAGAAAUAAAACCUGGAGUGGAGGGAGACGAGGAUUCUUCACAUGUAGACGGGGUAGGGUUGUCACAAGAGGAGGAAAAAGAAAGGGAUUCAGAGCCAAACCAAGAACAGGACUUCUUCCUUAGUGCCCUAUCAGUGGAUGUGAUGCAGCCUUCAUCCCCCAGAGUUCCCUCCAGCCAGCUCACUGAUGAGGAGAGGGAGAGGAGGAAGAGGGAGAGCCUGGAGAGGAAAGCUCAGAACAGAACCAGUGCCAACGAGAUGUUUUCCCCUCUCACUUCUUAUGUUACUGCGGAAACUGAGCUCCGAGAGCUUAUCGACGAGCUGGAGGAUGCGGUCAUGGUCGGCCUGCACACGUGUGGCGACUUGGCUCCCAGCACCCUGAGGAUGUUUGUGGCUAAACCGGAGCUGUCCGCAGUCUGUAGCGUGGGCUGCUGCUAUCACCUGCUGUCUGAGGAGUUUGACCCUGCUGGACAGGAGUGUUUGCACGGUGUGUGUGGCUUCCCUCUGAGUCAGUACCUCCGCCAAGGCUCCUGGUUCUGCGGCAGAAAUGCCAGGAUGUCAGCGUGUUUGGCCCUCGAAAGAGUUUCACUCGGCCAAGGGAUUCAGAUGGAGUCUCUGUUUUACCGAGCCGUCCUUCAUGUUAUUCUGAGGGAUCACUACAGCUCCUUCAAAAGUGAAAAGCGAGUUGGGAAUGUCUACUCCAAGGCAAAGUCCUUCGUGGACUAUGUUCACCGAGCUCUACUCAGACUGGAAUUGGAUGAAUCAAAGCUCUCGGACAGGGACAUCCAGGAUUACCACGACACAUACAAACCGCGAAUGGCCGAAAUGCAUGCUUUUAAUUUGUUGAAGGUGACCCUGGCUCCCUGUAUUGAAGGUCUGAUUCUCCUUGACCGCCUCUGCUACCUGAAAGAACAGGAGGAUUUAUCAUUCUCUGCUCUGGUGCAACUCUUUGAUCCCCUCCUGUCACCGAGAUGCUAUGCUGUCGUUGGGCUGAAGAAUUAGAAAGACACAAUUUCAUCUUGAUGAUGAUUAUAAAUCGCUGCUGGCGAGGUCAUGAUUACACGUGAUUAUAUCAGCAAUCACACUUGAGUGGCUGUGUUAUGUAUGUGUUCUUUUCGUGUUCAUGCAGCCUCUGUUUUUCUUACAGCAACAUCUUGUUUUGUUUUAUAUUCUUUUACUGUUUUCGAUGAAAAAUAAAUCUU